AACAACUGCUGCUUUACCAGAAAGCAGAAGGUGAUAAAGUAACGUAAUUUGGCGAUGUGACAUGUAUGUCAGCCAACCUGCGUACGGUUGAAAAGUUUUCAGUGUGUGUUGUCCGCUGUUGUAAAUGGUGCUGCUGUAAGGAGCGCUGCAGUCUCGUAAAAGGAUAACCAUGGCAAUGUGGAUCCAGGCCCAGCAGCUGCAGGGUGAUGCCUUGCACCAGAUGCAGGCCUUGUACGGCCAGCACUUCCCCAUUGAGGUGCGGCACUACCUGGCCCAGUGGAUUGAAAGCCAACUCUGGGACUCAGUGGAGUUGGAUAACCCAGCAGAGGAAACCAAAGCCAAGCGGCUGUUGGAUAAUCUGGUGGCCGAGCUCCAAAAGAAAGCCCAGGUCCAGGGAGGAGAGGACGGCUUUCUGCUCAAGAUCAAGCUAGGUCACUAUGCUAGCCAGCUAAAGAGUACCUAUGAUCGUUGUCCUUUGGAACUGGUCCGCUGCAUUAAACACAUCCUGCAGUCAGAGCAGAGGCUCGUUCAAGAAGCUACAAAUGCCAGCAGUGGAAGUGGGAGCCAGGCCAUGGACACGCUAUCACAGCGCCACCAGCAGAUCAACCAGGCCUUUGAGGAGCUCCGACUAGCCACACAGGAAACUGAGAAUGAACUGAGAAAGCUGCAGCAGAGCCAGGAGUACUUCAUCAUCCAGUACCAGGAGAACAUGCGCAUUCAAGCCCAGCUGAGCAGCUUGUCUUCACUGCCUCCAACUGAGCGCACCCAGCGGGAAACAACCCUGCAGAGCAAGCGAGCCACUGUGGAGGCCUGGCUCGCCAGAGAGGCCAGCACACUACAGAAAUACAGGCUUGACCUGGCAGAACAGCACCAGAAGACCUUGGGCCUGCUGAGGAAACAGCAGACUGUGAUCCUGGAUGAGGAGCUCAUUCAGUGGAAGAGGAGGCAACAGCUGGCUGGCAAUGGGGGUCCUAAUGAGGGGGGGCUGGAUGUUCUGCAGUCCUGGUGUGAGAAGCUGGCUGAUCUGAUCUGGCAGAACCGACAGCAGAUCCGACGAUGUGAACAUCUCACCCAGCAGCUUCCUCUGCCAGGGCCCAUGGUAGAGCUGCUGAGCAAACUGAAUGCUGACAUCACUGACAUCAUCUCUGCCCUGGUUACCAGCACCUUCAUCAUCGAAAAGCAGCCGCCCCAAGUGUUAAAAACCCAGACCAAAUUUGCAGCCACAGUUCGCCUCCUGGUGGGCGGGAAGCUCAACGUCCACAUGAACCCACCUCAGGUCAAAGCUGUCAUUGUUAGUGAGCAGCAGGCCAAGGCUUUGCUGAAGAAUGAGAGUACACACAGUGAAAGCAGUGGAGAGAUCCUCAAUAACAACUGUGUGAUGGAGUAUCACCAGGCCACGGGCACCCUCAGUGCACACUUCAGAAAUAUGUCACUGAAGCGGAUCAAACGCUCGGACCGUCGAGGUGCAGAGUCCGUGACAGAGGAGAAGUUUACAGUUCUGUUUGAGUCCCAGUUUAGCAUUGGGGGCAACGAGCUGGUCUUCCACGUCAAAACUCUGUCCCUGCCUGUGGUAGUCAUUGUGCACGGCAGCCAGGACAACAACGCAACAGCUACAGUCCUGUGGGACAACGCCUUUGCAGAGCCGGGCAGAGUGCCGUUCAUUGUGCCAGAGAAGGUGCUGUGGCCCCAGCUGUGUGAGGCCCUCGAUAUGAAAUACAAGGCAGAGAUGCACAGUGGGCGUGGCCUGUCAGACGACAACCUGGUCUUUCUUGCACAGAAGGCUUUUUCAAGCAGCAGCAACAACUCUGACGACUACCGCAGCAUGACCAUAUCCUGGGCCCAGUUCAACAGGGAAAGCUUACCUGGACGCAACUUCACCUUCUGGCAGUGGUUUGAUGGAGUAGUAGAGCUUAUGAAGAAACAUCUGAAGCCUCACUGGAAUGAUGGGGCCAUUCUGGGCUUUGUAAACAAGCAGCAGGCACAGGACAUGCUGAUGUCCAAACCCAAUGGCACUUUCCUGCUGCGAUUCAGCGACUCUGAGAUUGGAGGCAUCACCAUCGCCUGGGUGGCAGAAAACCCCAACAAAUCAGGUGAGAGGCUGGUCUGGAAUCUGUUGCCUUACACAACCAAGGACUUCUCUAUUCGCUCGCUGGCUGACCGCAUCAGUGACCUGAACCAUCUCCUGUAUCUGUAUCCUGACCGGCCCAAAGACGAAGUCUUCGCCAAGUACUACACCCCCCCACUUUCAAAAGCAGUUGAUGGAUAUGUGAAACCACAGAUCAAACAAGUCGUGCCAGAAUUCACCACCCCGAACCCUGAACCCAGUGCAGGAGCUACUGCAUUCAUGGACCAGACUGCUUCUCCCUCUGUGACCCACCCUAACAACUUCAAUGUCUACCCUCCCAUGGCUGACGGCAUGUUGGAUCCCGAUGGGGACUUUGAUCUCGAGGACACCAUGGAUGUGGCUCGUCAUGUGGAGGAGCUGCUCCGCAGGCCUAUGGCCAACCAGUGGAACAGCCAGCAGUCCUAAACCAGACACUCCCCCCCUUGCGGCACGCCCCAAGGUCAUCUCCGUCUGGAAACACUCACGCCUGCAAAACCAACUGGACUGCAACCAGGGCAAGUCGGCCAGUGUGGCAGAUCUGCGUCACAUUUUGUUAUUCAGGUUUCUCUUUAACUGUGUCCAAAACGAGAAUACACCUGGUGUCGAAUACUUGUCUACUCGUCCAAGACUUUUUAAAGAAGUAAAGUCAAUGUUACUGCCAUUCAACAAGCUUUAGAUCCUCUCCUGCUUCCUGUAGUUUCUCACUGCUGCUAUCUGGAGGUAGUUUGUUUCAAUUGGGUUUUUAUUAAAAACUGAGACGGGUCGUUCUCAGCAGAAGCUUUGCCUUUGUAUGCGCCCGCUGAGCAUCAGGAGACACAGAUAACACACAGCUUAAGUCCCUUUCAGACAUGCACUCACUUUUCUGUUGCAGUUGUGAUGUUAAUGGGCCAGCUCAUUUACAAUAACGUUGCCCUUUCAACAAUUCAUAAGUCUGAAUGCACAUGGGCACAGCCGGAGGAAUGACUCUGUCUCCUGGACCUGUUUGUUAUUGCUCGCCUCAGAGAAUGCCCUAAACGCGUAUGUUUCUAUUUUACAGUAUGAUUAGACUGAUGCAUUUCCCAAUCAGAAAGACUGAUCUCUCUCUGAGCACAUUCCUCUUAGCUGUCACACACACUGAUCUCACUGUGGAGAAGUAAAAGUUCAGCUACACCUCACUGCGUGUCUGAAAGGGCCUUAAAUAUCACUGUGAGGAGCUCUCUCUCCCAGUACACAGGCAGUACUGGUUACUGUGACACAUAGUUGACAAAUGUAUUAUUUUCUGUAUUACAGAGAUGAUUUUUUUUUUUUUAUUGUCAAGAAAAAUGAAGAUUUCCAAUCAAGACUUCAAGAAAGACGAUGUAACUUAUUCCAAAUCUUGAGUAAAAGCUUAAAAUAGAAAGGGACAGCCAGAAGGAAACAAACUGGUCUCCUAGUAAGGUACCUAUUGCUUUAUAAUUAGCUCCUGAGCUUAGCUGUGGCCUAAGCUUUAGGACAGGUUUAACCUCUUAGGACCUGGCGUCCACAUAUGUGGACAUCACAUUUUGGGUUAUUUAGACCAAAAUAUUGAAUUUUGCUCUACAAGGGCCUGAUAUCCACUCACGAGGACAUCAUACUGCUGCUGUUCUAUCAAAAUUUUAAACGAAUAUCCUCAUAUGUGGCUCUUAUUUUUCUUAAAAACAAAAAUAAGGUAAAAAAAAAAAAUCUGGUAAUUCUUUGUUUUUACAUUGAUGGGGCCCCAAUGUGACCAAAUAUCCAAGAGAAAUUAAAAAUGCAUGCCGUGGGUGGUUAAAGCUCCCUGUUGGCUGAGCCAGCGUCUGUGUGGGCCGCAGCAGCCACAGCUGUUUCAGUGUUUGGUUGAACCUGUAACAGCUGCUGUUUCUGUAACAUGCUACACACCUGAGAGCAGCUGGAGAUUGAACGUUAGUAAAGUGACCCUGUAGUGUGAGGCAGCUGUGGAUGUAGGGCUUGCUGGCUUUAAGUGUUAGCACCGACUCUAAAUUGUGAAUGUCGAUUGGCUAACAUGGCGGUUUGUUGCAUCUCUUCCCUCAGAGGUUACUUGGUCUUCCUUUAAGUCCUGACAAUAAACUGUAAGAGUCGUGUUUAAAACAUUUCUACCAAUUCAUCUGUUUCUCUGUGACGACGUUGAACCAAACUGCCUUACAGCACAGUGCACUUACGUGCUAUCACUAUAACUGCUCACUGAUUUGAAUUUUGUUGUUUGUCUUUUCUCAGAUGGAGUUUUAUAUUAUAGUAAUGAGAUAAACACAGACAGAUUUUAUUUUUUAUGAUAUUUUGUCGUUGUUUUAACUGUACAGAGUGGCCUGAGACCCCUGAGAAGUUUAAUGCCAUUUGAAUAAGAAACAGUUUGUUUACCCAAAGCGCUUCAACAGUACAAAUUCAUUUGUGGUAAUUUCCACUUUCAUUCAUAUUUAAAGGGUGAUAACAAUUACUUUCCAAAACAUCUUGUUAGCAUCUCCACACCUCCAAGCUGGUGGAUUUAAUGACAGGACACUACUCGAGAGCACAGCUUAAAGACAAAGUCCAGCCUACAGGCGGGGUUCAUGUUUGGGAUGCAGGUUCGGUCCAUCAAGGCUUUAAAGCAGCCACAUGUGUUUCACAAAGUCAGCAAAUAGCGAGUCUUUCGUGUGGACUGGAUGUGUGGAUGUGUCUCUGUUUCACUUUGUGCCUCCUCAUCUGCUCAGCUUGACUUUCAUCAAAAGUACACCUGGCAUGUAUGUUAAACAAUCAGCAUCAGCAAGCAAAUCAUGGAAACGUUUCCCUGAGUGAGAACUUCAUCACAGACGCUCCUGCUAAUGGGCUGCAUACAAACACAGCUUCUCCACACUCUGCAUUCAUGAAUUAUAAAUCAGAGAAAACAGUUAUCCAUAUUUCUGAUUGUGCUGCAACUUGUAGCCUUAGAGCACGGUUGGCAUGUUUAACUAAUGACAUCUGAAGUUUAAUCAGUGACAUAUAUGUUAAUGUUUGCUAAACGCAGCUUUCUGUGUGGUGGCCAUGAAGCCAGGUCCGAAAAAACAGCGAUUCAAAAACUCUUUCCAUGGUGGAGACGUUCUGUGUUUCUGUGGACGAAGAAAACGGACGUUUUUGUGCCGUGUCAAAGAUGUUGGUAGGCUUUAGAUUGGACAGCAUUUCUAUGAGGGCUAUAUCAGCAACUGGUACUCAGGCUUGCUCUUUACAUAUCUGAUGUUUUCACGUGAAUAGCGUUUUCAGUCCCCGUUUAAACGGUACCCAUGUAGAGAGUGAAGCCACCAUAGUGAUUGUUACGACCACGGCUCGUAAUCACAACCAUCACAGCCGUCCAAUUAGACGCUAAAGACUCGUAGAUUUGGGAACAUUCACAGAGGAACUGAAAGCAAAGAAGGGACAAAACUUACUUUUACCUCAGUGUGUGUGUGUGUGUGUGUGUCAUUAUAAAUUUGUGACAAUGAGAAGGAUGGAUGGUGAAAUUCUCAGACCUCUUCAUACUGUUAAACUCUUCUUAGGCAUAUAAUUUUAAAUAUUAUCUGAUGUGAUGCACGUCUCUGUAGAAUAAUCUAAAAAGCCAUAACUAAGCUUGCACACUCAUUUGAAAAGGGAGCCCUCACAUGUGCUGAUAGUUCUCUAAUGCUAAGCCACCAUCACCUCGUCUAGCUGAUUAUUUGUAAAUCGCUCCGUUUCUCACUCUGACUGACCGAUUCUUCAUGUUUGUUUGUCACAGUAACUGGAGUGUUAGUGACGUGUUAGUGACGUGGUGCUCGCUGUCAUUUCUCUAACUCAGUGCAUCUAGAAUGAGAACCCAAGAAAUGUUAUCCCAGUACAUAUCAGACCUGUGCAUGCGUGCACAGUUACAGUUAAUCGCUGCCUUUAUCGUAUGAAGUUUGCAUAGGCUACAAGCACGCAGUCAAAUGUUAGACGGACAAGCAGACAAGUCCUCAGUGUAUCCACGUGUCCAUCAGCCGCUGUACACACCGCAGAAAGAAAUAAACUCCCCGUGGCACUGGCGGGUAAUCGGCAGCUACUUCCAACCUGUCAUGUCCAACGUUUUCUUAAACGAGACUGCUCUCUGGCAUGUCGUCCUUCAGUUAUUAUUGAAUGCUCUAAAGUGUAAAAAGGUGAGUAACCCAGAUUAUACCAAAUGCAUACAUGUUCCCCUGUGAGGGAAGAACGUGCAGAAUGUCGAGUGUAGGCGUGCGCUCCAUCUUCAUGCCAUGUCUCCUCUCCUUAAGCUACUUAAAAGUUCUCCACUCCAAAGUGUUUCUUCUUUCAGGCCUUGUCACAGUUUAUUUUCAUUUCUUCCCAGGUUUCAGUCCAAACUUUAAAGAGACAAACUUUAGAAGUUUGGGAGCAGCAGGAGAGCUUUGUGAAUGUGGGCCCAGGUAGAUGAUGAAGAACUGCCCUUAUUGUUACUAAGCAGUUUUAACCGUGUGCGUAGUUUCUGUUCAGAUGUUGUAGCUCUUGUAUGUUGGAUUUCUCUUUCAAGCUUCAAGAACAAAUUGGGCGUUUGUGGGUGUUUAAAAUGUGGGGAGAGCAUUCAGGCCGUCACAGGUCGCUCUUCUUUUCUUGACUCGUUUGCUUUGGUUCACUGUUUUGUUGCAGCCUCUCUUCAGUUUGGACUACUGUUGCUUUAUUGAAACAUCCGACUCCAGGUAGCUUUUGGGAAGUCUUCAUUUUCUUUUACGGGGCAACAGUGUGAGGUACGACUCCGUAUGUUCAACUCACACUGAGUCGUACCUUAGUUUGUGUUGGAUGGUUAUAUAAUUCUGCAGAAAUGCCGAGCUGUUCUUGAAACGGUUUGAACCUCAGCAGAGUCCACGUUAGCUGUGGACCAGUCACAUGAGUGCUUCCAGCUACUCAGUGUGGUUGAACCUGAUCAUUGAUGCAACAGUCACUCGAAUGUCUUGAAUCAGUCUGUGUGUCUGUCUGUGUGUUUCCUGGCUUCUGUUAGCUCUGUGCUCUGUCUUAUUUACUGUCUGAAUUUGUCCUACAGUUUACUGGAGCUUUAAUGUUGGGAUUGGAAAUAUGACAAUAAACUUUUUUAAUUAA